UUGAUCAAUUUAGGAGCAGAAGGGCUUCUUAUCGACAAACAAUUUUGCUUGGACAAGAAAAUACCAAUGCAAAAAAUCAAUAAACCUAUUCCUGUGUUCAAUGUGGAUGGAACAGCUAACGAAGGAGGGAAAAUCACCGAUCAAGCUUGCCUGCUCAUGAGGAUGACAAAUGAAGAAGGCGACUACCAUGACAAACAAUGUGAGCUGCUAUCUGCUAACCUAGGAGGAGAAAAUAUAAUCCUAGGAACAGAUUGGCUACAUGAGCAUAAUCCACAGAUCAAUUGGGUAAAAAAUGCUCUCACGUUUUCA